UCCUCCGUUUCAAGCCUGCGCUCUUUCCAACCCGAUAAUCCACUUUAGAGCACCGACACCCGCUCGUUUCGAAACCCGCCGUUCUGGUUGCCCUUCUCGUUACCAUCCCCGUUUCCAUUCCAGUUCCCGUCGCCAACAGCCGCCGAGAUGGCUAUAGGAGGCCAAGGCCCUUGGGCCAUCGCAGUCAUGUGGAUUGUGACGGCCGUGACCUUCAUCUUCGUGAUCCUCCGCGCAUACACACGGAUUCGGGUAGUACAGAGUUACGGCGUGGACGACCAUGUUUACAACUUUGCAUUUUUCCUCCUUGUGUGCUACACCACGAUGACAACCGUCUCGGCUCACUACGGAUUCGGGCAACGCGUUGCCGAGAUAGGCGACUUGGACGACCUGGCCAAUACCAUUCUCUUUGAGGCCAUUGGACAAGUAUUUGCCGUCAUCGGUAUGGCCGUGGCGAAGUGGUCGCUGGGUCUCUUCUUGCUGCGUCUUGUCACACAGGCAUGGCACAAAAUCGCCAUCUGGGUCACCAUGGGCAGUUUGAUGGCGGCCUCCAUCUCGGUCUGCUUCGUCUUCUGGCUGCAAUGCACACCGCCAGCCUACCUGUACGACCGGCGCAUUCCAGGUGGUUACUGCCACAUUAACACGACCCCUGUAUCUUUUACUCUGUGCAUUCUCUGCGUCAUAGCAGACUUCUUUUUUGCCCUGUUCCCGUGGCUGUUCCUGUGGAAGCUCCAGAUGAACCAACGCGAGAAGAUGGUCAUCGCGAUAAGUCUGAGCUUGGGCCUGUUCGCCGGGGCAUGCGGUAUCAAGCGCACAAUCGAAGUCCCCAAUCUCUCCAGCGCCGACUAUCCCUAUGACACAGUCGGCCUGAUCGUCUGGUCCGCCGCCGAGAUCGCCGUCACCAUGGUCUGCAUCGGCAUCCCCAUCUGCCGUCCGCUCUACAAGCAAUGGCUCGACCGGAUGCUCAGUUACGGGUACGGGUCCGGGGUCGGGUCGGGCGGAUACCAAAAACAAAAGGGCCGCAGCGGCGAGGACAACUCCCACCGCGGGUACGGCCUGCGCACCUUUGGCGGCGGCACCAUGCCGGGCCGCGCCCACCAAGCCGGGUCCCACCCCAACAACAACGCCGCCGGCGACAGCUCCAGCGAUAUCAUCUCGGAUACCGACAGCAAGGGGGGUGCCGGCGGUGCCGGCGCCGCGACCCUCUCGGGCGCCAAGGUGGGUAUGGAUGGUCCGUUUCACGAGGCGACGGCCGUCGGAGGGUUGGAGUGGAAUGGGAGCGAGGAGGAGAUCCUGGGGUCGGAGUCCAGGGUGAAGACGGCUGUGAGUGAUGUCGAGGCGGGGAGGCAUGGGCAGAGGCAUGGGCAGAAGAAGCAGAGCAUUCAGGUGACGGAGCAGUGGAGUGUCGACCGGACAUAGGACAUAGGUUCGUGAGGUGAUAAUGUUUGGGGAGACGGCAGGCUUUUGUGUUUAGGGGGGAGAGGGGAUACGCGUGGGCUUAGACGAUAUAUAGGGGGGUGGGGCCUACAACUGAAAACUAGA